GGCGGAGUCUCCGCCUCCCGGACGCGCAGGGCUGGCGGGACGGGGCCGAGCGCACCUGCCCGACUCGGCGGGGCUCGCGGCGGCUGCGCGGACCGUCCUUCCACCCCCCUCCCGCCUCGCCGUGUGUUUACGUGGAGACGAAGAUGGCGGCGGUGACGGCGCUUCCCGUGCGGCCGGAGACGCUCCGCCCGUGAGCGGGGAGAUUGGUUCCUCUCCGGGCGGGGUGGGGGUGCGCCGAUCCCUGCCCUGCUGCGGGGCCGCGGAGCUUUCCGUCCCACCUCCGUCUGAACAGACCUCUCCUUCCAGCCCCUGACCCCCGCCCCUCCCGGGUUUCCCUCGCCUUGGUCGCAGAGGCCAUGGAGGACGAGGAGAGACAGAAGAAGCUGGAGGCCGGCAAAGCGAAGCUUGCCCAGUUUCGACAAAGAAAGGCUCGCUCUGAUGGCCAGAAUUCUGCCAAGAAGCAGAAAAAAAAGAGAAAAACUUCAGGCAAUAAAUAUGAUGUAUCUGGAUAUCAUGGCUUGGAUACUGAUCAAUCACAGUGUGAUGAGUUGUACAUAAAUAGUUCCGAGAGAGUAGGAUCAUCCAUGACCCCUGAAUCCACAAUAACGAGACCUCUACAUAGAGAAAUUGUCAAGCGUGACCAGGUCUUCUCUGCUGAACCUGAAAGUGAAAUUUCAACCACAGCUGAAGAUUACAGUUCAGAGGUAAAUGGUUGCAGAUUUGUGAUGAAAACAGGAAAGACUACAAAUGUGUUAAGGGAAGAAGGAUUUGAUGUUGAUGAUUCUUACCCUGGACAAGGAGCGCAGUAUAGUCAGACCCAUCUAGAGAUGAUGGAAAGUGAAUUAGCUGGAAAACAGCAUGAGAUUGAAGAGCUAAACAGAGAACUGGAAGAAAUGAGAGCCACCUGUGGGACUGAAGGACUGCAGCAGUUACAGGAAUUUGAAGCUGCUAUUAAACAAAGAGAUGGCAUCAUAACCCAGCUUACUGCUAAUUUACAACAAGCGAGAAGAGAGAAGGAUGAGACAAUGAGAGAAUUUUUAGAGUUGACUGAACAGAGUCAAAAAUUACAGAUUCAGUUUCAGCAUUUACAGGCUAGCGAAACUCUGAGAAACAGCACUCAUAGUAACACAGCUGCAGAUUUACUACAAGCCAAACAGCAAAUCCUCACUCAUCAGCAACAGCUGGAAGAACAAGACCAUCUAUUAGAAGAUUAUCAAAAAAAGAAGGAAGACUUCAAAAUGCAAAUUAGUUUCUUGCAAGAGAAAAUUAAAAUAUAUGAAAUGGAACAAGAUAAAAAAGUAGAAAACUCAAAUAAAAAAGAAAUACAGGAAAAGGAGGCAAUCAUUGAAGAAUUAAAUACAAAAAUAACAGAAGAAGAAAAAAAAACUCUUGAGCUAAAGGAUAAAGUAACAGCUGCUGAUAAAUUACUAGGAGAAUUACAAGAGCAAGUUGUACAAAAGAACCAAGAGAUAAAAAAUAUGAAAUUAGAGCUGACCAUUUGUAAGCAAAAAGAAAGACAGUGUUCAGAGGAAAUAAAACAGUUAAUGGGGACAGUUGAAGAACUUCAGAAGAGAAAUCAUAAAGAUAGCCAAUUUGAAACUGAUACAGUACAAAGGAUGGAACAGGAAACACAAAGAAAGUUAGAACAACUCCGGGCAGAGCUAGAUGAGAUGUAUGGGCAGCAGAUAGUGCAAAUGAAACAAGAAUUAAUAAAACAACAUAGGUCACAAAUAGAGGAGCUGAAAAUACAACAUAAGGGUGAAAUGGAGAAUGCUUUACGGUCAUAUCCAAAUAUUACAGUUAAUGAAGAUCAGAUAAAGUUAAUGAAUGUGGCAAUAAAUGAACUGAAUAUAAAAUUGCAAGACACGAACUCUAAAAAGGAAAAACUUAAGGAAGAACUUGGAGUAAUUUUGAGAGAAAAGUCUGAGUUACAGAGACAGCUUGAGGACCUUUUUGAAGAACUGAGUUUUUCAAGGGACCAAAUUCAGAGAGCUAGACAGACAAUAGCUGAACAAGAAAGUAAACUGAAUGAAGCACGUAAGUCCCUUAGUACAGUGGAAGAUUUGAAAGCCGAAAUUCUUUCUGCAUCUGAGGCCAGGAAGGAACUAGAAUUAAAACAUGAAGCAGAGGUCACAAAUUACAAGAUAAAACUUGAAAUGUUAGAAAAAGAAAAGAAUGCAGUAUUAGACAGAAUGGCUGAAUCACAAGAAGCUGAAUUAGAGCGUCUGAGAACACAGCUUCUAUUUAGUCAUGAAGAAGAACUUUCCAAAUUGAAGGAAGAUUUAGAAAUUGAACAUCAAGUAAAUAUUGAAAAACUUAAGGAUAACUUAGGCAUUCACUAUAAACAGCAGAUAGACGGCUUACAGAAUGAAAUGAGUCAAAAGAUAGAAACCAUGCAGUUUGAAAAAGAUAAUUUGAUAACUAAGCAGAAUCAAUUAAUUUUGGAAAUCUCAAAGCUUAAAGAUUUACAGCAGUCUCUUGUGAAUUCAAAGUCAGAAGAAAUGACUCUUCAAAUCAACGAACUUCAAAAAGAAAUCGAAAUCCUCAGACAAGAAGAAAAGGAAAAGGGUACACUUGAACAAGAAGUUCAAGAAUUACAACUUAAAACAGAAUUGUUGGAGAAACAAAUAAAGGAGAAAGAAAAUGACCUUCAAGAAAAAUUUGCACAACUUGAAACAGAAAAUAGCAUUCUUAAAGAUGAAAAGAAAGCCCUUGAAGAUAUGUUGAAAAUACAUACUCCUGUUAACCAAGAGGAAAGAUUGAUUUUCAUAGACUCUAGUAAAUCUAUGCCCACAGACUGUAGCUGGCAAAAAGAAAUUAAAAUACUUACAGAGGAAAAUGAGCACCUGAAACAACAGUGUAUUCAGCUAAAAGAAGAGAUAGAAAAGCAAAGGAACACCUUUUCAUUUGCUGAAAAAAACUUUGAAGUUAACUAUCAGGAGUUACAGGAGGAGUAUACUUGCCUUCUCAAAGUAAAAGAUGACUUAGAAGACAGUAAAAAUAAACAAGAAUUAGAGUAUAAAAAUAAGCUUAAAGCACUUAAUGAAGAGCUUCAUUUGCAAAAAACAGAUCCAACUGCAGUGAAAAUGAGACGUUUUGUUUUUGAUGACAAGGCUUUUACAGCAGAACCAUGGGAAACCGGAGAGGUUGUUGAGAAAGACACAACAGAACUCAUGGAAAAACUUGAGGUGACCAAGAGAGAGAAAUUAGAGCUCUCAAAGAGACUGUCUGAUCUUUCUGAACAAUUGGAACAAAAACAUGGUGAGAUUAGUCUUCUAAGUGAAGAAGUUAAAUCUUUAAAGCAAGAGAAAGAGCAAGUCUUGUUAAGAUGUAGAGAGCUAGAAAUCAUAAUCAACCAUAAUAAUAGGGCAGAAAAUGUAAAUGUACAUGACGUUCAGCUAAGCUCUUUAAUAAAUGGAGUAGCAACUGCCGCAAGCAGUGACUCUGGAGGAUCAGCUUCUAAAAUACAUAAAGGUUUUGGUGAAGAAUCAGAAAUAAUGUCUGGAGAUAAACUUCCUUUUGAAAAUAUGACUGUUAGAAAAGAAAAGCAAGAACAGUUGUUUUUGGGUGAUUUGCCAUCAGUAACAGAUGAAUCAUCACUGUGGGCAAGUGAACCAAGUGAAAAUGAUAAACUUCAGAGGGAACUCAGUGUACUUAAAUCAGAACAGAAUGAUUUAAGGCUACAAAUGGAAGCGCAGCGCAUAUGCCUCUCUCUGGUUUAUUCAACUCAUGUGGAUCAGGUUCGUGAAUAUAUGGAAAAUGAAAAAGAUAAAGCUCUUAGCAGUCUGAAAGAGGAGCUUAUUUCUGCUCAAGACGAAAAGAUCAAGGAACUUCAGAAAAUACACCAGUUAGAGCUACAGGAUAUAAAAACACAAGAAACAGUAGGUGGUAAAGCAAAGCCUUUACAGAUGCUCAUUGGAAAACUUCAAAAUGCAGUGUCUGAAGAAUGUUCUAGUUUCUCACAGACUUUAUGCAGUGUUCUUGGUGAAUCUUACACUCCUGCUUUAAAAUAUAACGUAAACAUUGAAGAGAGAGAGAAUUUUGAUGUUUAUACUUCUGAAAAUCAAGAACUAGAAUUGCAAGAUUAUAGAUGUGAGUUUCAAGACCUUCAAGAAAACAUGCAAACUCUUCUCAACAAAGUAACAGAAGAAUACAACAAACUCUUGGUGCUUCAGAAACGAUUAAGCAAGAUUCCGAGAUGGCAGACAGACGGUAUGAAACUUGAAUUUGCAGAAGAAAACCUGCCAAGAGAGGAAAUAGAGUUUUUAUCAACCCAUUCUCAGAUAACCAGCUUACAAGACAUUGCAGAUGUCAAUCAUAAAAGCAAGGUAUCGUCUCUGCAAGAUACUGAAAAAAUUAAACAAUUUGAAGAACAAGUGCAAGGAUUAGAAAACCUAGUAUCUUCUUUGCAGCGACAGUUGAAAGAAACUGAAGAAAACUAUGGGGCAGAGAUUCAACAUUUGCAGGAGAGACUUCAAGCUGUUAAUGAGCCCACAGUUCAGCCAAGCUUCACCAUUGAUUCAGUGGCAAUUACAGAAUCUGAUAUACAGAGGAAAAUGUAUCCUGGAAGUUGUCUAAAAGAGAAUAUUGAUGGUACAAUAGAGUUUUCUGAUGAAUUUGGAGUGAAACAGGAAACAAAUACAGUUAAAUUGCUGGAAAAACAGUACCAAGAACGAUUAGAAGAAGAAGUAGCUAAGGUCAUUGUAUCAAUGAGUAUAGCAUUUGCUCAACAAACUGAACUGUCUAGAAUAUCAGGGGGAAAAGAAAACACUACAUCACCAAAACAAGUACAUCCGCUCUGCAAGCAGGAAGAACCACUUUAUUUUAAUGUGAUGAAAUUAUCGCAGGGUCAAGUUGGUUUUCAAACUUUUGAGGCAAUAGACAUGAAAUUUAAAGAAGAAUUUAAACCACUUAGUAAGGAAUUAGGAGAAGAUGGAAAGGAAAUUCUGUUAUCAAAUAAUGAUGAUACUGAUGAUAUGCUGGAAUCAAAGGACCACGAACUGACUAUUUCAGAAGAAAUACUCUCCAAAGAUAAAACAUUUAUAGUCAGAGAAUCUAUCUGUGAUGAGAUUACGAUACCAAGCCUGGAUCCUUCUAGACAGCUAAGGGUAAAUGAAGAGCAGCUGGAAGAUAUGAGGCAGGAGCUUGUACGACAAUAUGAAGAACAUCAACAGGCAACAGAACUGUUAAGGCAGGCACACAUGCGGCAGAUGGAGCGACAGCGGGAGGACCAGGAGCAGUUACAAGACGAGAUUAGGAGACUUAAUAGACAAUUAGCCCAGAGAUCUUCCAUAGAUAAUGAAAACCUGGUUUCAGAGAGAGAGAGGGUGCUUUUAGAGGAGCUGGAAGCACUAAAGCAGCUGUCUUUAGCUGGAAGAGAGAAGCUGUGUUGUGAGCUGCGCAACAGCAGUACGCAAACACAGAAUGAAUGUGAAAACCAAGAGGAAGUUGAGGAACAGACAUUUAAAGAAAAGGAAUUGGAUAGAAAACCUGAAGAUGUGCCUCCUGAUACUCUGUCCAAUGAAAGGUAUGCACUCCAGAAAGCUAAUAACAGACUUCUGAAGAUCCUCUUAGAAGUUGUAAAGACAACAGCAGCUGUUGAAGAAACAAUUGGUCGCCAUGUCCUUGGGAUUCUAGACAGAUCUAGUAAAGGCCAGUCGUCUGCCAGUCUGAUGUGGAGAUCAGAAGCAGAGGCUUCUAUAAAGUCAAGUGUCCAUGAGGAACACACAGGAGAUGAAUCCAUAUCCUCUUAUUCUGGAAGUGAUAUGCCAAGAAAUGAUACUAGCAUGUGGUCAAAAGUAACUGAGGAAGGAACAGAGUUGUCCCAACGGCUUAUGAGGAGUGGUUUUGCUGGAACUGAAAUAGACCCAGAAAACGAAGAAUUUAUGCUGAACAUUAGCUCUCGACUACAAGCAGCAGUGGAGAAACUCCUAGAAGCCAUAAGUGAAACUAGUAGUCAGCUCGAACAUGCAAAAGUUACACAGACAGAGUUGAUGCGUGAGUCAUUUAGGCAGAAACAAGAAGCAGCUGAGUCCCUGAAGUGCCAAGAGGAACUGCGAGAACGCCUUCAUGAAGAGUCCAGGGCCAGAGAGCAGCUGGCUGUGGAGCUCAGUAAGGCUGAGGGUGUCAUUGAUGGCUAUGCAGAUGAAAAAACUCUUUUCGAAAGGCAAAUUCAGGAAAAAACUGAUAUAAUAGACCGUCUGGAGCAGGAGUUGUUAUGUGCUGGUAACAGAUUAGAAGAACUGGAAGCAGAGCGGCAGCAGAUCCAAGAUGAAAGAGAAUUAUUGUCCAGACAAAAGGAGGCUAUGAAGGCAGAGGCAGGCCCAGUUGAACAACAAUUACUACAGGAGACAGAAAAACUAAUGAAGGAAAAACUAGAAGUACAGUGUCAAGCUGAAAAAGUACGUGAUGACCUUCAAAAGCAAGUGAAAGCUCUGGAAAUAGAUGUUGAGGAACAAGUCAGUAGGUUUAUAGAGCUGGAACAAGAAAAAAAUGCUGAAUUGAUGGACUUACGACAGCAAAAUCAAGCACUGGAAAAGCAGUUAGAAAAAAUGAGAAAAUUUCUAGAUGAGCAAGCCAUUGACAGAGAACACGAGAGAGAUGUAUUCCAACAGGAAAUUCAGAAAUUAGAACAGCAACUUAAGGUUGUACCUCGAUUCCAGCCUAUCAACGAACAUCAAACUAGAGAGGUGGAACAGUUAACAAAUCAUCUGAAAGAAAAAACAGAUAAGUGCAGUGAGCUUUUGCUCUCUAAAGAGCAGCUUCAAAGAGACAUACAAGAACGAAAUGAAGAAAUUGAGAAACUGGAGUUCAGAGUAAGGGAACUGGAGCAAGCCUUACUCGUUAGUGCAGACACUUUUCAAAAGGUAGAGGACCAAAAACAGUUCGGAGCUGCUAAAUCAGAAUUGUCACUGGAAGUACAACUGCAGGCUGAGCGAGAUGCCAUAGACAGAAAGGAAAAAGAGAUCACUAACUUAGAAGAACAAUUAGAACAAUUUAGAGAAGAACUGGAAAACAAGAAUGAAGAAGUUCAGCAACUACAUAUGCAAUUAGAAAUACAGAAAAAGGAGUCUACUACCCGUCUACAAGAACUAGAACAAGAACAUAAAUUAUUUAAGGAUGAAAUGGAGAAACUGGGAUUUGUUAUAAAGGAAUCUGGUCCUAUGUCUACUAAGGACCAACAUGUGCUAUUUGGGAAAUUUACUCAAAUAAUUCAGGAAAAAGAGCUUGAAAUUGACCAAUUAAAUGAGCAAACUGCAAACCUUCGGCAGCAACUUAAAAGUACAACAGAUAACAAGGUUAUUGAAGAGAAAAAUGACUUAAUAAGGCAUCUUGAAAUCCAGAUAGAAUGUUUGAAGAGUGAUCAAGAAUGUUUGAAGAAAAAUAGAGAAGAAGAAAUAGAGCAGCUCAACGAAGUGAUAGAAAAACUACAACAGGAAUUGGGGAAUAUUGGACAGAAAACAUCAGUGGAUCCUAAUUCUUUUCCAGAAGAAGCAGACAGUUUAAAACAUCAAUUGGAUAUAGUUACAGCUGAAAAGCUAGCUUUGGAAAAGCAACUAGAAGCUGCUAAUGAAGAAAUGACCUUCAUGAGAAAUGUACUUAAGGAAACCAAUUUUAAAAUGAAUCUGCUAACACAAGAAUUAUGCAACUUAAAGAGAGAAUGUGAAAAUACGGAAAAAGUCCAAAGCGCACCAAAGGAGAGUGUUGACGUGACUAUAGAUGAUCUGAGCAAAAGCAAGUCUGCACUAGAAGUAGUUCUUACUGAGGACAAUCCUACACCCCAAGAAAAUCAGACUUACUUCAAAUCUUUUGAAGAAAACAGCAAAGUUUCCAUAAGUAAUUUGGGGAAAAAGUUGCUACAACUUGAGAGCACUGUUAGUGCAAAGGACUUAGAACUUAUCCAGUGUCACCAACAAAUAAAAGACAUGCAAGAGCAAGGUCAGUCUGAAACAGAGAUGCUUCAAAAGAAGAUUUUAAACCUGCAGAAAAUUCUUGAGGAAAAAGUAGCUGCUGCCCUUGUGAGUCAAGCCCAACUUGAGGCCAUUCAGGAAUAUGCAAAGUUCUGUCAGGAUAGACAGGCAGUGUCAUCCAAACCUGCAAGGGCAAAUGAACAGAAUUUAAAUCAACUAACAGAAAUCAAAAUUGGGUCAGAUGUAUCAGCAUUAACCUUGAGAAUAUCAGAAUUAGAAAGCCAGGUGGUUGAAAUACACUCUAAUUUGAUUUUAGAAAAAGAACACAUAGAGAUUGCACAGAAAAAUGCUUUGGUAAAAGAAAAGAAGCUGCUAGAACUACAGAAGCUGUUGGAGGAGAAUGAGAAAAAACAGGAAGGGAAAGAAAGAAAAAGGAGCCCUCAAGGAGAUUUUGAAGUUCUCGAGACAACUACUGAGCUAAUUAAUACCAAUGAAGAAAGUGGAUUUGGGGGAGAACUUGAGGUCCUUAAAGCCAAAUCAGUGGCUACCAAAGAAGAACUUGCCAGUUACAAAGAAAAGGCAGAAAAACUUCAAGAAGAGCUUUUAAUAAGAAAAGUAAAAGAAACAAAUCUGGCAUCUCUUCAGAAAGAUUUAAGCCAAGUUAGGGAUCAACUUGCAGAGGCAGAAGAGAAAUUAUCCCACUUUGUCAAUAAAGAAGAUGAGACUGAAGUACAAGAAAACAGGAAGGUCUGCAUAUUAGAGCCACUUCCUAUUAAAGUGGGUAAAAGUUCUGCAUCCCAGACUGAGGGGACCAUCAAGGUCAAUAGCAGCAAUCAGACUCCACAAGUUCCUGCAAGAAAUAUAGGAAUCCAGAUUGAUUUGCAGAGCGAAUCAGAAGAUAUCACUGAAAUCAUCAGUCAGUUUACUGAAAAAAUUGAGCAAAUGCGAGAACUACAUGCUGCUGAAAUUUUGGAUAUGGAAUCCAGACAUAUUUCAGAAACGGAAACCUUAAAGAGAGAACAUGAUGUUGCUGUUCAGUUACUGACAGAGGAAUGUGCUACACUGAAGGCAGUGAUACAGUGUGUGAGAACUAAAGAGGGAUCCUCUGUUCCUGAAUUAACACAUUCUGACACUUACCAAACUAGAGAAAUAUCUUCCAGUGAUUCUGGAUCAGACUGGGGCCAGGGAAUUUAUCUUACACAUAGUCAGGGAUUUGACACAGCAUUAGAAGGCCGAGGAGAAGAAGGUGAAAGUUCAACAGAUUCCUUUCCAAAGAAAAUAAAGGGAUUACUGAGAGCUGUCCAUAAUGAGGGCAUGCAAGUGCUUUCUCUCACAGAGUCUCCCUAUAGUGACGGAGAAGACCAUUCUGUUCACCAGCUUUCAGAAUCUUGGCGAGAGGAGAGAAGAGCUUACCUCAGUACAAUCUCAUCUCUUAAGGAUUUAAUUACCAAAAUGCAAGUGCAAAGGGAAGCUGAGGUUUAUGAUAGUUCGCAAGCUCAGGAGAGCUUCUCAGACUGGAGAGGUGAACUUCUCUUUGCCCUUCAACAAGUUUUCUUAAAGGAGCACAGUGUUUUAUUAGCCGCGUUUCAGACUGAGCUGACAGCUCUGGGUACUAGAGAUACAGUUGAAUUAUUAAACUGUUUAGAACAGAGACUACAAGAACAGGGUGUUGAAUGUCAAGCAGCUAUGGAAUGUCUCCAGAAAGCAGAUAGAAGGAGUUUGUUAUCUGAAAUUCAAUCACUGCAUGCCCAGAUGAAUGGUAGAAAAAUGACUCUGAUGAGAGAACAAGAGAAUGACAAACCAAGCCAUGAGCCUCUGGAGUGCAGUGCACAGCAGAAGCAGACUCACGUGCUGGAAAUGCAGCGGGAGCUGAGCAGCGCCAAGGACAGAGCCACAGAGCUGCAGGAGCAGCUGGGCGCCGAGAAGAUGGUGGCUGCCGAGCUGAAGAGCGAACUUGCACAGACUAAACUGGAGCUAGAGACAACACUCAAGGCACAGCAUAAGCACCUGAAGGAAUUAGAGGCAUUCAGGUUGGAAGUUAAAGAUAGGACAGAUGAAGUACAUUUGCUUAAUGAUACAUUAGCAAGUGAACAGAAGAAAUCAAGAGAGCUUCAGUGGGCUCUGGAGAAAGAGAAAGCCAAAUUGGGACGCAGCGAAGAACAGGACAAAGAACAACUAGAGGAUCUGAAAUUUUCACUUGAGGGUCAGAAACAAAGGAAUAUUCAGCUAAAUCUACUUUUGGAACAACAGAAGCAGCUACUAAAUGAAGCACAGCAAAAAAUAGAAUCACAAAGAGUACUCUAUGACGCCCAGUUAUCAGAGGAACAGAGUCGAAACUUGGAGCUUCAGGUUCUUCUUGAAUCUGAGAAAGUUCGGAUUCGGGAAAUGAGUAGUACUCUGGACAGGGAACGGGAAUUACAUGCACAGCUGCCGAGCAGCGAUGACAGUGGGCAGCCGCGGCCAUCCUUACCUUCUGAGGACCUGCUUAGGGAGUUACAGAAACAACUCGAGGAAAAACACAGUCGCAUAGUAGAAUUGUUAGAUGAGACUGAGAAAUAUAAACUGGAUUCUUUGCAAACAAGACAGCAAAUGGAAAAAGAUAGGCAGGUUCAUAGGAAGACAUUGCAGACAGAGCAAGAGGCCAACACAGAAGGACAGAAAAAAAUGCACGAGCUCCAGUCCAAAGUGGAAGAUCUUCAGCGCCAGCUGGAAGAGAAAAGGCAACAAGUUUAUAAGUUAGACCUUGAAGGAAAGCGACUGCAAGGAAUUAUGCAGGAAUUCCAGAAGCAAGAGCUGGAACGAGAAGAAAAACGAGAAAGUAGAAGAAUUCUGUAUCAGAAUCUUAAUGAGCCAACCACAUGGAGCUUAACCAAUGAUCGAACUAGAAAUUGGGUGCUUCAACAGAAAAUAGAAGGAGAAACAAAAGAAUCAAACUAUCCUAAACUGAUUGAAAUAAAUGGAGGAGGAACUGGCUGUAAUCAUGAAUUAGAAAGGAUCAGACAAAAGCUUCAACAUGUAGCUUCAAAACUACAGCAUCUAGUCCAGAAAGCCUCUAAUAGACUACAGUUUGAAACAGCAGAUGAUGAAGAUUUCAUUUGGGUUCAGGAAAAUAUUGAUGGAAUUAUUUUACAACUACAGAAAUUAACUGGCCAGCCAGGCGAAGAGCCCCGCUUGUUGUCCUCAAGUACUUCCUGUGGCUCAUUGACUGAAAGACUGCUGAGACAAAAUGCUGAGCUGACAGGACAUAUCAGCCAACUGACUGAAGAAAAGAAUGAUCUAAGAAACAUGGUUAUGAAGCUGGAAGAGCAGAUCCGGUGGUAUCGACCAACAGGAGCUGGGAGAGAGAAUUCUUCUAGGUUUUCACUCGGUGGUGCCAACAUCGAAGCCAUCAUUGCUUCUGAGAAAGAGAUAUGGAGCAGAGAAAAGUCAACUCUUCAGAAAUCCUUAAAAAGGGCAGAGGCUGAAGUGUGCAAACUGAAGGCUGAACUAAGAAAUGAGGCUUUACUUCAGAAUCUGAGCUCUGAUUCUGAACACAUCGCUUUAAAGAGAAUUUAUGGUAAAUAUCUGAGAGCAGAAAGUUUUCGAAAAGCUCUCAUUUAUCAGAAGAAAUACCUGCUGCUGUUACUGGGUGGGUUCCAAGAAUGUGAAGACGCCACACUGGCGCUGCUCGCCCGGAUGGGGGGCCAGCCCGUCUUCACAGACCUAGAGGGGAUCACCAACCGGCCAAAGGGCUUCACCAGGUUUCGAUCAGCCGUCCGAGUGUCCAUUGCAAUUUCAAGAAUGAAAUUUUUGGUUCGACGAUGGCAUCGAGUCACAGGUUCUGGUUGCAUCAAUAUUAACAAGGAUGGCUUUGGGCUGAAUCAAGGUGCUGAAAAAACUGACCCAUUUUAUCAUUCUUCUGGUGGGCUUGAGCUAUAUGGAGAGCCAAGACAAACUACAUAUCGCUCAAGAUCAGAUCUGGACUAUCCUAGGUCUCCUUUACCAUUUCAAAAUAGGUACCCAGGCACUCCAGCUGAUUUAAAUCCUAGUUCCCUCGCAUGUUCUCAGCUUCAGAAUUAUGAUCCUGACAGAGCCCUGACAGAUUAUAUCACUCGGCUAGAGGCACUGCAAAGACGGCUUGGAACCGUACAGUCAGGUUCAAUUACUCAAUUUCAUGCUGGCAUGAGAAGAUAAUCCUUUGAAACAUCAUUAAUUGAUGAUUUUAAACAAAUUUCCUUUUGUAAAUCAAUGGUUUUGUGCUUUUGUAUUGUGAAUAUACAAUGGGACCAGUACAAACACAGCUUAUGAUUGUAUACAAAUCCUGCACCAGAACAUGAAAACAAACUGGAAUUUGUAUAUAUAAACAUUGUGCAUGUAUUCAUGCACAGUAAUCAUUAAACUACAUGUAUAUUUGUGGAAUGCUAAUUUAAAACAUUAAAUUAUAAACCUUGUGUAUUUAUCAAAUGGAUGAAAAGAUUAAACUUUACACAUUAUAAUACUGCUGAAUGUGUAGCUUGAGGUGUCCUGCACUUCUUACAAGGCCACUGAAGUUACCUGUUUCUGCCUAAAAUAUUUGCUACUGGUGAUGAAGACAGAUAAUAUCACUUGUAGAGACCUAUUUUUGUAUAAUGGUAGAAGUUUUGAAUUUUAUGGGGUAUUUUGUCAAGUACUGAAAUAAAAAUGACUUCACCAUUUUCACCACA